GGGGGACUCUCCCCCCCCCCCCCCAAGAGCUUAUCUUCAGGUGGCCCGGCCCGAUAUGGGGUAGGGAAAGCUUCAGCGAAUACCAUUUGGUCAGUAGCCGCCAGCGAAAUCAAAGGGAUGAGGCUGUGACAACGAGCCUUCCGCGUGACAAACACACAAAGAGCUUUAUUCUUUAUCGUGCCAAUGUGCCCCUUCCCUUUCAUUUUGCUUCAAUUUGGCCCAAUUCCAAGGCCACUCUCACAGCACAGUCACCAUGGCGUCUCUCCCGCGAAGACUCCUCGGCCGCUCCAAGGGCAACUACUUCGUCUUUGACCCGCGAGCCCAGGGAGUCACCGACUACGACAUUCUCUCAUACCGCUGGGGCGACACCAGGACCCCUUACCGGUGCGACAUCGGUGGCGUGGACUGGGAUGUGAUCCUACCUGAGCAGAAGCUUAAGGACAUCAAGCGUCUGAUGGAAAGUGCUGGCAUCGAUAGUUUAUGGGUCGACUGCGUGUGCAUCCACCAGACGGACCGAGCCGAAAUGGCUGCCGAAAUGGCCAACAUGUACCACUACUACAAGCGCGCACGCAGGUGCCAUAUUCUGAUCGACAUGGACGAGGUGUGGGAUCCCGACGAGAUUGGCAAGGACCUUAGGUUUAUCGACCACAUCUUGACACACAUGGGCGGGGCGGCGCUGGCGGCAGAGGCGACGAGGCUGACGGAGAACAUGACCCGGCGUUUGUCGGAAUGGGCUCACCGAACAUGGCUGUUUCCCCUGGACGAGUCGGUUGCGAGGGCCGCUGGCGUGGAGAUGGGCUUGCUGAAUUGUUACUCGACUUGUAUCCGGCAUGUCUGCUCUUUGUUUCAGAACCUCUACUUUUCUCGAGUAUGGACCUUCCAGGAGAUGUUGUUGGGAAAGAAUAUUACCCUGUGGGGCGUGAACAAGAAGACCAUGUCGUGUAUCGGCCAUCUCUAUACCUGGAUGGACCUGGCUACAGACGCCAAAGACAAGGCCUACAAGCUGCAGGCGUGGAUAGAGUCGUGCAGAGUGCUCAAGUCCGCGUCGGUGAAAGCAGUUCUCGCCAGGAUCGAGGACGACAACCUGACCCUCGGCUUACUUCAGAUACAGGUCAAAGGCAUCAACAGUGCCAGGACAGACAUCAUCAGUGGCGGUCCCCACUGGUGGCUCGACAAUCACAAAGGCAUCAGCAACGUCUUCUCGGCAGUGUCACUGCGGCCUCGUGGCUGUGUACAGGUAGCCGAUAUCUUUCGGGGGCUCCUUGGCGUAUUCAAUGGAUUGUUCACCGCCGAGGAGAUCGAGAGAGAGAUGCCUGACAAUGACAUCGAAAGCUCGUCUUUCAGCUUCUUUAAGCAGUUGUCGGAAAAGACGGGUUACGCCUGGACGAGGCUUGCCAUUAGCAGCAAGGAUAGGGGAGAGUGGGACUGGAUACCGGUCAUGGCCAGCUCUAGUAGGCUCUUGACGACGGACUGCUUCGCCGGCGUUGUUCAGCUGGGACGCCUCAAGCCAAAUGGCGUGGCUAAAACGGAUGCCACGACCGGGCUCAUCGGGAAGCCGCGGAAGUACAUGACGAUCCGUCUACGACAGGAGAACAGUGCCGAUUUCAAUUUUAGCUACCAUGGCUGUAAUUGUGGCAGGAGCAUCAAGACAGGCUUCCGCAAAACGGAGCAGAUUAAUCUCCACGAUCGGCGUCGGAACGUGGUUGGAGACGAAACGGGGAGAACCUUAGUGAUACUUAGUACUCUCCUCGGGAGCAUCAUGGAGCCUGGGGGGAACGUCAAGGAGUACAGGUACAAGCUCCUUAGUAAACUCCUCCCCAACUGGCGCGUCACAGACCCCAACGCGAAGCCGACGGACUGGAUCGACCGAUGCGUGAGCGGAACUCCCUGGGAGAACCCAAACUCGGACUUCAUCCGAGUACACAACGAGUCCAUGAACUACCGGCUAGCAGACAUGAUCAGCUGCGCCUCGCGCCUCGCGAACGAUACAACGAAAUGCAUCUCGUGCGAGAUUGUCGUCAACUGCGGGUGCACCAUCAUUGGACCCUUUGCGCUCAUGAUGCAGGCCAUCGUGUCGAUGGAGGGCAGCUUCCUCGGCGCGACAGCGGCCAACCUUGACGCCGAUGACCGCAUCGUGCUGCAGGACGGACUGGGGCUCGUGCAGAUAGGCGAUGUCGGCCGGGAGGGGUUUCACCUUGUAGCCUUCGAGGGCGAUGUCCAGGCUUACCGGUUGCACGCGGCAGCCUGCCGUAACACAAAGGACACCAAGCCAGUGUUUUACAAAGGACAAUGGCCGACAGGGAGGGCAAUGGUGAGGGAGGAUUUCAAACACGGCUUCGCGGGCAUGACUAGGGACUACGGAUACGUUGAUACGGAUGGAUCUGGGAAUCUGCUGAUUUGCAGGAACCAUCCCAUCGACCCAUACAGGAUUGUGGGGGUCUGUAUUGACGAACAUUUUCACAGCAAGAAGGGGAAACAACCUGUGUAUAUCAAAUAGCGGCCGUAAGAAUAGCAGGAUUGCGUUUUCAUGGUAGCCAGACGUCCACGUCUAGCUUGACGCAGCUGCGGAAUAUCCACUACUAUUGAAGAAACCAGGCAAGUGCACAACGACGUGCACGAAAGUAAAGCCCUAAGCUAGAGGAUAAACACCUGUUAGGGGUUCGGUACAGAUGAUAACAACAUCUAGAGGGCAGAUAAGAAGUUGGAAUAGGAUAAGAGUCAAAUGAAUAUACGGA